AUGCGCAUUCUCCAUCGCAUGGCACUCAUUACCCCCAAUAGGCACCUCAAUUUCCUACCUCUUCACCUUCAUGCAUCAUAUUCUCACUGCACAUCCCAUUUCCCCACGACUAAUGUCCUCCGUGCAAGUGGAACCCUCAAACACCAUCCGGUUGGUACAUGGCGACAACCACGACUCUCCCUCUCCCUCUCCCUCUCACGCAACCAACUCCAUGUCCAUCAAAUGGCAACAUCCCAACUCACAAUGCAGCAACGUCCGUGCCGUCCACCAACCCUGACUCACUGA